GCCCGCCGCCCGGCCUCCGGUCUUCCUCCAGGAGCUGCGCCGAGCUCGCACUCACUUCUUUCCUUUUCCUGAAUUUGAACCACCGGACCCACCGUCUCGUCGUCCACACGUGAGGCUUGGGGCGAUGGACCCGUUUACCGAGAAGUUGCUUGAACGAACCCGUGCCAGACGAGAGAAUCUUCAGAGAAAAAUGGCUGAGAGGCCCACAGCAGCAGCAAGGUCUGCGCUACAUGCCAAACGAGGCAGAGAGCCACUUUCAGAAGCAAGUAAUCAGCAGCCCCUAUCAGGAGGGGAAGAGAAAUCCUGUACAAAACCAUCACCAUCAAAAAAACAAUGUUCUGACAAAACUGAAGUCGAAGUUUUGGACUUAGAAAAUAAAGAACCUGUUGAGUCAACUGCUGCACAACCUUGUUCUCCAAGGCCUGCACCCCCUCAGGCACCGCCCCGAGCACUGUCUGCCAUCAGUGAUUCUGCGGCUGCCUCACCAUCACUGCUCAGCAUGGGCAGAGGACUGAGCUCAAGAGCAGAAGCAUCUGCUGCCUCCUCAGUUAAAACACGAAUGCAAAAGCUUGCUGAGCAACGGCGCCAUUGGGAUAGUGAUACAGCAGUUUCAGAUGAUGUAUCAGAAAGUUCACACUUCACACCAAUGCCAUCUGAGGAAAAGGUUGCUUCACCUACCAAGCCACCCCUGUCAAAUGCCUCAGCUACCCCAGUUGGAAGAAGGGGCCGUCUGGCCAACCUUGCUGCAACGAUUUGCUCCUGGGAAGAUGAUGUAAGCUACUCAUCUGCAAAGCAAAAUAGUGUACAAGAACAGCCUGGUACCACUUGUUUAUCCAAAUCUUCCUCUGCAAGUGGAGCAUCUGCUAGCAUCAAUAGUAGCAGUGUUGAACAGGAAGCUACAUGCUGUUCCCAAAGGGAUGGCAAGGCCUCUGUCAGUAAAGCCCCAUCUUCAAGUGAAGGGUCAUCGCUUAAAUCCUCAGCGUCCAGCUCUGUGAAAGCGACAUCUUCCCCGGUGAAAUCUGCUACACUCAUCCCUAGUACUAAGAACAGUGUUAGUCCUCUGAAAACAGAGGCAUUGAAGCCAAGGGAGAAACCAGCUUUACCCCAGACACUUCAGUCCAAAGAGGAAGCAAACAGGGAAGUUUGUCUGCAGUCCCAACCCAGAGACAAGCCUGCAACACCAGGAGGAAGAGGAAUUAAGCCUUUUCUGGAACGCUUUGGAGAGCGCUGUCAAGAACACAGCAAAGAAAGUCCAGCUUUUAGAGCAUCAAAUAAGACCCCUAAUAUCACCCCAAAUACAAAGGCCAUCCAGGAAAGAUUAUUCAAGCAAAACACAUGUUCAUCUACUUCCCAUUUAGCACAGCAGCUCAAACAGGAACGUGAAAAAGAACUAGCCUGUCUUCGUGGUCGAUUUGACAAGGGCAAUUUAUGGAGUGCAGAAAAGGAUGAAAAGUUAAGAAGCAAACAGCUAGAAGCCCACCAGGAAACUAACUGUCAGAAUACUCCCCUCAAGAAACAUCAAAUUGUUUCAAACACCCCAUCGACUUCUGAAACAGAUAAAGAGACUGAAAAUGACACUGCAGUGAAGAUUUCUAGUGCAGAACCCUCAGGUUCCACUGAAAGCAAAAUGACAAAGUCCAGCCCUUUGAAAAUAACAUUGUUUUUAGAAGAGGAAAAGUCCUUAAAAGUCUCUUCAGACCCGAAGGCUGAACUGCAGACUGAAGUGGUAGGUGAAAUUGAGAUGAAUGUGGAUGAUGAUGAUAUCAACAGCUCCAAAGUCAUCAAUGACAUCUUUAGUGAUGUCCUAGAGGAAGGUGAUGUGGAAAAGAGCCAAGAGGAGAUGGAGCACGUGGGAGGAGAAAACAUCGAAGAUCAGGAAGAUGCACUGAAUAUCUCUUCUAUGUCUUUACUUGCUCCGUUAGCUCAGACAGUUGGUGUGAAUGUAAUUUCUUCACCCAAAUUGGGAUUGGGAGACACUAGCCCAAGUGCUGCAAGUCCCACACCAGGAAAAUUCCAGAGAACCCGUGUUCCUCGAGCUGAGUCUGGUGACAGCAUUAGUUCUGAGGAUCGAGAUCUUCUCUAUAGCAUUGAUGCAUAUAGGUCUCAAAGAUUCAAAGAGACAGAGCGCCCCUCCAUAAAGCAAGUGAUUGUUCGAAAAGAAGAUGUUGCUUCAAAAUUGGGUGAAAAGAAUAAUGUCUUUUCUUGUCAAGUUAAUAUCAAACAAAAAAUGCAGGAGCUCAACAAUGACAUAAAUCUGCAGCAGACAGUGAUCUAUCAGGCCAGCCAGGCCCUGAACUGUUGUGUUGAUGAAGAACACGGGAAAGGAUCUCUGGAGGAAGCUGAAGCAGAAAGACUUCUUCUGAUUGCAACUGAGAAGAGAGCUCUUCUGAUUGAUGAGCUGAAUAAGCUGAAGAAUGAAGGUCCUCAGAGGAAGAAUAAGGGUACUAUCAUAUCUCAGAGUGAAUUUGUCCCAUCCAAAGGAUCAGUCACUUUGUCAGAUAUCUGCUUGCCUCUGAAAGCAGAUUUUGUUUGCAGCACCGCUCAGAAACCAGAUGCAUCAAAUUACUACUAUUUAAUUAUGCUAAAAGCUGGAGCUGAACAUAUGGUUGCCACACCAUUAGCAAGUACCUCAAACUCUCUUAGUGGUGACGCUCUGACAUUUACCACUACAUUUACUCUGCAUGAUGUUUCUAAUGACUUUGAAAUAAAUGUUGAAGUUUACAGCUUGGUACAAAAGAAAGAUUCAUCAGGCCCUGAUAAGAAGAAGAAAGCGUUGAAGUCCAAGGCCAUUACCCCAAAGAGACUUCUUACAUCUAUAACUUCAAAAAGCAACCUUCAUUCUUCAGUUAUGGCCAGUCCAGGAGGUCUCAGUGCUGUGCGUACCAGCAACUUUGUGCUUGUUGGAUCUCACACACUGUCAUUAUCUUCUGUCGGAGACACUAAGUUUGCUUUGGACAAGAUAAAUUUUGAUGUAAGAGAGCAGGAGCUACUGGGCUAUUUGUUCCAGGAAAAGGUACCUUUCUUAUCUCCUUUGGAAGGUCAUAUCUGUUUAAAAAUCAGCUGUCAAGUGAAUUCAAGUGUUGAGGAGAAAGGUUUCCUAACUAUAUUUGAAGACGUUAGUGGAUUUGGUGCCUGGCAUCGAAGAUGGUGUGUUCUCUCUGGAAACUGUAUCUCCUACUGGACUUACCCAGAUGAUGAGAGGCGAAAGAAUCCUGUAGGAAGGAUAAAUCUGGCCAAUUGUAUCAGUCAUCAGGUAGAACCAGCCAACAGAGAAUUUUGUGCAAGACGAAACACUCUGGAAUUAAUCACUGUCCGACCACAAAGAGAAGACGACCGAGAGACCCUUGUCAGCCAAUGCAGGGACACACUCUGUGUCACCAAGAACUGGCUCUCUGCAGAUACUAAAGAGGAGCGGGAUCUCUGGAUGCUGAAACUCAACCAGGUCAUUGUUGAUAUUCGCCUCUGGCAACCUGAUGCUUGCUACAAGCCUGUUGGAAAGCCUUAAACUGUGGGAACUUCUGAAGCAUGGAGAGUCUUUGCUAGCUGUGUCAAAAAGUGUCCUAAGAAGACAUAAUUAGGAGCAUCAGAUUUGCAAGUUGCAUUUUAUGCUUUAAAGAUAAAAGGGACUGUGCAAAUAUUCACUACAUAUUAUGCAGUAUUUAUAUCUUUUCUAUGUAAAACUUCAACCAGUUUCUCUUGCAUUCAUAAGUGUUUGACAGCCAAUUCAUAAUUGAUUUUGCUACAUCUUUUAAGUUCAGAGUCUCAUUUUCUAGACACCUAAUUAGCCAGUUAUUCAUGACAAAAAAAAAAUUCUUAACCAAGUUGAGUUGUCUUUUAGAGCUAUGGGUUUUGAGAUAUCAAAUCUCUGG